UUUCCGGCACCGCCUCUUCCGGUGCUCGCGGCGGCUUGCGGAAGUGAGCGUCGCACGUGUGUUUGCUGGGGGUCCGGUAGCGAUGGAUGCCUUGGAUAAAGUCAUAAAGCCUAAAACAAAAAGGGCUAAGAGAUUCCUUGAGAAGAGGGAACCAAAAGUCAGUGAAAACAUUAAGAAUGCCAUGUUGAUUAAAGGGGGAAAUGCAAAUGCAACUGUGACACAAGUACUCCGAGAUAUGUAUGCACUGAAGAAACCAUACGGAGUUCUGUAUAAAAAGAAAAAUAUUACAAGACCAUUUGAGGAUCAGACAUCAUUGGAGUUCUUUUCAAAGAAGUCAGACUGUUCUUUAUUCAUGUUUGGCUCCCAUAAUAAGAAGAGGCCGAAUAAUCUAAUAAUAGGUCGUAUGUAUGACUACCAUGUGCUGGAUAUGAUCGAACUAGGUAUUGAGAAAUUUGUGUCUCUAAAGGAUAUUAAGACUAGUAAGUGCCCCGAGGGAACAAAACCCAUGUUGAUAUUCGCUGGUGAUGAUUUUGAUGUAACAGAAGACUAUAGAAGAUUAAAAAAUCUUCUUAUUGAUUUCUUCAGAGGCCCCACGGUGUCCAAUGUCCGACUGGCUGGAUUGGAGUAUGUUCUGCACUUCACCGCACUGAACGGGAAGGUUUACUUUCGAAGCUAUAAGCUGCUGUUGAAGAAAUCUGGUUGCAGAACACCACGAAUUGAACUGGAAGAGAUGGGACCGUCGAUGGACCUGGUUCUGAGGAGGACACACUUAGCAUCAGACGACCUUUAUAAAUUGUCCAUGAAAAUGCCCAAAGCUCUCAAGCCAAAGAAGAGAAAGAAUAUCUCCCAGGAUACUUUUGGUACAACUUUUGGAAGGAUUCAUAUGCAGAAGCAAGACCUAAGCAAACUACAGACCAGGAAAAUGAAGGGGUUGAAGAAGCGACCUGCAGAGACAGGGACAGAAAACCAGGGGAAAAAAUCAAAGAGAAUUAAGAAAAAUUAGUGGAACCUAACUAAGAGUAACCACUUUCUUGUGGUUGCUUUCUAAGAAAAAAUUUUCAACUGAGUGUUCAGUUUUCUCAUAGCAAUUGGUGUUUAUUUGGAGGUUUUGGAGGGGUGGAGGUGUGACAAGACCUCACACUGUAGCCCAGGCUAGCCCCAGCCUCUCAAGUGCUGCAAUUACAGUUGUGUACACCAUACCCAGCAUAUUGUAUAUUUCUGUAACAUAAUUUAUUACUUAAAUUUUUUUAUAAAAUUAAUUAAUAUGUG